AUAAUUUCAAAAAAUUGAAAGAACUGAACUGAAAACAGACUGGAAACCUUAGGGAUCACCUCAUCUGAGCCCACCAUGAAUGUUGAAAAACAGGAGUUGACGGACUUGGUGGUGUGGGUGACUGGAGCAUCCAGUGGGAUUGGCGAGGAGCUGGCUUACCAGCUGUCUAAACUGGGAGUUUCUCUUGUGUUGUCAGCCAGAAGAGUGCAUGAGCUGGAGAGGGUGAAAAAAAAAUGCCUAGGCAAUGGCAAUUUAAAAGAAAAAGAUAUAUUCAUUUUGCCCUUUGACCUGGCUAACAGAAGUUCCCAUGAGGUGGCAACUAAAGCUGUUCUCCAGGAGUUUGGUAGGAUUGAUGUUCUGGUCAACAAUGCUGGAAAAGCACACUCUUCUUUGAUUGUGGAUACCAAGAUGGAUUUCUUCAAGGAGCUAAUGGAGCUUAACUACUUAGGAACAGUGUCCUUGACAAAAUGUGUUCUACCUCACAUGAUUGAGAGGAAACAAGGAAAGAUAGUUAUUGUGAAUAGCCUUGUGAGCUCUGUACCUAUACCAAUAGCCAGUGGAUAUUGUGCCAGCAAGCAUGCUCUUCAGGGUUUCAUACAUAGCCUCCAAAUUGAACUUAUCAAACAUCCAGGCAUAAUAGCUUCUAACAUUUGUCCAGGACUUGUCCAUUCAAAUAUUAGAAAGAAUAUGCUAACUGAAGAAGUCACAAAGACUGUCGGCCAUAAUACGACUCAGGUGCGCAAAAUGGCUACUAGUCGUUGUGUACGGCUGAUGUUAGUUGCCAUGGCUAACAAUUUGAAAGAAGUUUGGAUUGGAGAACAACCUUACUUGUUGGUGGCAUAUUUGUGGCAAUAUGUGCCAACGUUGGCCUGGUGGAUAAUCCACAAGUUCUGGGAGAAAAGGAUUGAUCUCUUUAAGAGUGGUGUGGAUGUCUCGAAGACAAAAUAUAAAUGAAAAGAGUGCUUGCAGUUUGAAGGACAGAAGAAAGCAAAGUGGAAAACAUAUAAACAGCAUUUUAUGCUAAGAACAAAAAUUGAAGGCUAAAUGGUGAUUUCACUGUUUGAUGCAACUUUUCUUUCAUCAUACAAUGAAUAAAAAAUAAAAGACUUCCAUGAAUCUUGCAAAA